CAACAACACUGCUACAUCGACUAAGUCUUGAAUAGCUACCCUCACUAAAAUUUUCAGCUGCUAAAUAGGAACCUAAAAUAUCCAGAGACCGCUUCGUAUCGACCGCCUACCAGGCACUCAAGAUGAGCGAGUCAGCACUAUCCCAAUCGGCCAGCACACCGAUGGACGCGGCUGACAAUCACGAUGUAUGCGACGAGCCCGCCACCUCAGAAUCUCCGCCAAAGAAGCCAAAGUUGAAGAAGAAGAAGAAGAAGCGGUAUGUGCCGCCCCGGCCCGACUCCGACACAUUUUCGACGCAGCAAGACUUCCUAGAUAGCUUGGUACCGAUCGCAAUUGAGGAAGUCGCCGAGAAUGCUCGUAAAUGUCCGAUCUGCUGGAAGAUCUAUGGCGAGGCAGCCGAUCCUGGCUUCGACAAUACGGAACAGCCGGUAAAGCUGCGAUGCAAUCAUACAUUCGGCGACAAGUGCCUGGCGACUACGUUUGGAACUGUGGACGCGUCAAAGGCUGCCUUACGUCCGCUCUCUUUUACACCCACCUCAAGGGGCACUGCGCUAGGCCUAAAGCUCCGUGCCUUUGUCGAACUCCACAGCAAGAACUCUACGGGUGAUGUCAAUACCUUCGUCAGGAUGCUUGAAGAGUCGUAUAAACCAGGAAAAGGGGGAGAGUUGUUCGGAGAGUACUGGUUUCCGGUGAUACAGGAGCUACAACAUACCGGUCGGAGGAUUAACGACGUCACCUUCCUUGAGAACGCCACUGUCCUGGACACGAAAGUGAAAUCCAAGAGCGAAUCCGUUUCAACUCUGCUCUGGACCCUUGACACUGAAGCUUAUGACGCCCAUAAUGUGCCUAAAACAUUCUCGCAGCCAACCCUAUCCUCUUCAUCUUCAUCCAAUGGACCUUUGUCUUCCAAAGCGGCUCAAGCUUCGGCAUUCUCUAGUAUGGCUACGGAGUUGCCUUCAACGUUCCCACCAAUGGCUGUACCCUCCCUUUCGCAGCUGCAAGAAUCGACCCAAUCGGUGCUACAGAUCUCCGAGCAAAUUCUCGCCGCUGCCGGGCAAGGGGCAACAUGGGGGGACUUCCUAGCAGUGGAGACGAAGCUGGAUAAACUCAUGGCUUUGAAUAAACAAGCUAAACCUAGUAUCGAGACUCCCUUAGCCGCCCAGAAAGAGCAGGCUCUCGUCGACCAGGUCGCCAUCGACGAAGCUAAAAGUCGGCAAAAGCGCAUGCAAGACGAUAUGGUGCGCAUAAAGCGCGAUCUCACGAAUUUGCUCGCACAAAAGCUAGCUGGCAUCUUCACAGCAUUCUCAAAACAGCAGAACAGUUCGCUAAAAUGUAAAGAGGCACCUAUACAUCGCACUGCCACUGUUAAAGUCUCCGUCGUAGUCCACACACAAGAUAUCGUCAAAACGUCAUACAAGAUUGCUCCACCCUUGACAAGUAUUUUGUUCUACGAUAAGAAUUCACAAGACACAGUCGAUACGGAGAAGUUCACUUGGAUAGUCAUACGUUCCACAUGCCAAAAGUGCUGCAAGAUCAAGGAAGAGGACGCAAAGGAUCUGCCUACCCCAGAGGAGCUUUGGUGGAGCAACGAUGCAAAGACACCGGACGACUGCCCGUUGUGCCACAAGAUUCUAUUCAAAAAGACGAAUUUGGAGGAGUAACUCGAUGCUUUGCUCUCCAAAUUCCAAGGUCAAUCGUCCGCGCAUCAUAUCAAUCGCGGAAAGCGGCAUGCUAUCCUGCGUGAGCUCAUGGAAACCCUCCGCGACGACGUGAAAUCACCAAGCCGGUGUAGCACCUAGGCUGCUGGAUCUACCACAGCCCAUCUACCAUACGACAUACGAACUAGGGUUUGUGUAGCGUGGGGUAUGUACUAUUGAUUCACGAGACGGGGUCGUUCACUGUCUAGUCAUUCAAAUAGCAUUAGGGACAGUAAUUAAGGGCAUGAAUUGAACUAUUUUCAAAUAUGAUAACUAUCGC